UUUCUGCACAACGUCGCCUCUUCUGGAGCCGAGAGGGGCGGAGUGUUGACGCUUACUUUGCGGGCUAAACUGUCAGCUGUCACCGCUCUAUUUUGCGGUGCCACGGAGCCCAUUCACCAUAAAAAUGCCAGGCUAGAUGAGUUUAUAAAACUUGGACGGGUAAAACAAAGAGUCUCUACUCUGCAAGAAAGUUCAUUCCUCUUGCUUGGUAGAAGAAGCUGAUAAAAUAGCUCCAUGUCCACACAACUUGAGACGUCAUGUCUUUCCUGCUCAUUUCCUUCCUCACAAUCCUGUUUCUUGUUAUUGUGUUGUCAUGCAUCAUAUUCCGAUGGCUGGUCAACACUCUGGCAGUACGAGUCUUCCAGACAAAGCUGAAUGCAGACUUGAAGAUAAAAUCAGUGGGACUGUUCUCAAUCCAAGGAGUCAGUAUCCAGUUUCACCCGCUGCACACUGUGGAAAUUGAUCGGAUAUGGAUAUCGAGCAAACUUCUGAAUCAGGAUUUACCGAAAUACCUGGCAUUGUGCGUGGGCGAGACAAGAGUUCGCUUCGAUUUAGAAGUUCCUCUCGGACCGCUAACGAAGAGGACGAGCCAUGGGGAAAAAACGGGAACGGUUUCCAUCAAUGCCACAACACUUCGCUUACUAUCACAACUGCUGUCCUUCCACAUCAGUUCAGUCAACGUGAUGGUCCUGAACAUGGCGCUGUCCGAGUCGCUGUGGCACAUGACCGUCACGUCUGUCACGUUGUUGCUGGACCACCACAGUAAAAGGCUAGCGUGGGACCUCUCGGUGGGACAAUUAAGCAGCAAAGUUCUCAAAAGCAGCCAGCUAGUGAGUGUCCCAGUACGGACUGAAUUGUACGUCAGCAUGCCUAAUGUGGGAUCCGUUUUGCAGGACAUUUGUCUGGCAGAGGUGGCGUUCAACCUGCUGCUGUCGGGCGAUGUGAGUCUCCCCGAGAUGAGGCCUGGCUCGCUGUCGCUACGCGUCAGGACGCUGCUGGCCGAGCUGCACGAGGGCCUCUUCCUCAGCCCCGUACUGGUAACACAGAGGACGACUCAAGACCCGUCUGGUGAACAAUUGCGUGAGUGCUCGGACAUCGAAUUCAUCAAAACGGAAGCCGUUGAACAAUUCCACAGUGUCGUCCCGCACAAGGCCAACGUGGAGUUUGACAACACAAAUAUAACCUUGUCCAUGCACAGUCAGAAAAGACACCUGAACUGGACGCUCAAGUCUUUAAAGCUUUGCUACACUCAUGACAGUGAGCAGCUUCCUCUGAAGAGCUUCACCCCCGAGCUGAGCUUUCCCCAGAGCAGCCUGGAUCUCCUUCUGGAGGAUGGACUGCUUUUGUCACAAACCAGGCAAAGAAUUCUGUGUGUAAACACACUGAAAACAUCCCUACAGGUCACUUCCAUGGACAUUUCUGGCUCUUUUGCUGUCAACACUUGCAUCGUCCAUUACCGUCACCAUGAGUUCUCCCACUGGCUCAAUCUUCUGCCAAGGGGACAGCUGAUCCACAGAAAGGCGUCACGUCGGAAAAGUCCAUUCGAUUUUUUUCCCAUCCUCCUCUUCCUCAGACGCCUGCCCCAUCUGGGCGCCCCUGUGAUGAUCUCGUCCUCUGUGUCCAACCUCAAUGUGUCUGUGCAACUUGGAGACACCACACCUUUUACCCUUGGUUUCCUCUCUGCCAGCGCAGAACUACGACAUCUUUUGGACUUAAAGGUGGACCAAGACAGCCUAGAGUCCCGCAAUGUGCACCAGCGGGCCUCAUUAAACUUGGACAGUUUCUGGUGGCGAGUGGGCCAAGGCUCUCAUAUCCAGCAAGCCCCACAUCCUCCCGGCAAACACGUGUGGGGUGAAGCGCUCAUUCUCGACUCCCUCGAUCUUCAGGGGAGCUGGAAUCGAGCCAUCAGUGAGUUGAAUGGCAGCACUCCAUCCUUGAGUGUGGAGUCCAGCCUGAAGGGACUCCAAGUGGAACUGUCUGAGACCUGCGCGCUGUGUUUGUCUCGUCUGUUCUCUGUCAUCUACACUCCAGUUGGAGUGUCAGAUGAGCCCUUAGUGCCUCCCACUGCUGCUGAUGUGGGACAACCCACCUCUUCCUUGCCUCUGUUGUUCAAACUGGACUUCCAUUUGGAGGAUGUUAACGUUUUCACGGUCUCCAAUCUAGCAGGAGCUCUGUCUUUAAGGAUGGAUUCCAUCAGAGCGAUGACCUCGGCCGAGAGCUCGCAGCUGUCUCUGCAGGGCGUUGGGUUCUCCGUCAUUAAGACACUCACGGAAAACACUGAGACAUGCUGUCCUUCCUCUCAGAUUGCUGAGCCCAUUGUCAGUCUCACCGCCACGGCACUCUGCUAUCACGUCAGCACCCACACAUUGCAGGUUCAGUGUGAAAAUGGUCUGGCCGUGAUAUGGACACCCCCAGACCACAUGUUUUUGUAUCAGCACAUGACUGAAGCAUUGGAUUGCUGCCAUAUGUUCAGCGACGAACGAGAAGAUGAGUGCCCAAUCAGACCAGAUGAAGGCAAUCAAAGUAGUCUAAGUGUGCUGUUAGAACUGGGUGCAGCUCGCGUGACAGCUCACGUGGCCGAGCACAACUGCAUUCUCCUCCACACCGAAACGCUGUCCCUCUCCAAGCACGCCGGCUCAGUGCACAUGCGCACACCUGCCGUGGCGUUUAAUUUUGACGGCCAUGACAUAAUUUCCUUCAAAGGCUUGGAUGUGGCGACGCACAGCGAGCUGCCAGAGAUGCAGCUGCACAGGAACGUUUUCCCCUCUUUCACCACGCCUCACAACCGCAUCUGGGUUUUCACCUGUCCACUCCUCUCCGUGGAGUUCCCCUACCAGUACAACUUCUCCGACACCUUCGACAGGGCUAUCAGCGUGCAGAAGUGGUUAAAAACCUUGCACCGCCCGCCCGGCUCGACCUCCUCCACUCAGCUGUGCCCACCACCAGACCUCGUUUUCAAAAUCAAUCAGUUUUCCUUCGUCUUUCUGGACGACGUCUUUGAGAUCAAACUGCGUGACAAUUACGAGCUGAUGAAGGACGAGAGCAAAGAGAGCGCCAAGCGUCUGCAGCUGCUGGACAAGAAGGUAGCCGACCUACGCAAGCAGCACGGCGAGCUUCUGCCGGCCAGAAAGAUUGAAGAGCUGUACAGCUCGCUGGAGAAGAAACACAUUGAGAUCUACAUUCAGCGCUCACGACGACUCUACACCAACACCCCCAUGAGGAAGUCACUGCUGACGUGGACAGUGUCCGACCUGGAGCUGGUUGUCCUGGCUGACCAGUCGCUUCACGGUCCAGAGCGUGUGAAAGAACAGCUGAGGGACAUUGACAGGAUCAGCCCCUUCCCCAGAGAGGGCCUCCACUUGGUUGUCCAGUGGUGCCGCGUUGUCAAGUUCAAACUGACUUCAUUUUUGGUGAGAAUUCGGGACUACCCACGCUACCUGUUUGAGAUCCGUGACUGGUCGCUGUCAGGACGCCUUAUCGGUACUGAGCAGGACGGACAGGUCAGAGCUCACCGGAAAGAACCGGUUUCGCUAGGCCUGCCAUGGGGAGAUGUGACGGUGCACAGGAACAUGCCGCCCCUAAAGUUCUACUAUGACUUCAAAUCCAACAUUUGCCUCUACACCAUCGUCUGGGGGCCGUGUUGGGACCCGGCGUGGACCCUGAUCGGCCAGUCAGUUGACCUGCUCACCAAACUGACGGCAGACCCAUCACCUCUUCUCGCCUGGUGGGACAAAAGUCGCCUUUUGCUACAUGGACGCUUUGUAAUGGACAUUGAGCAGGCCAAUCUUCACCAGCUUGCCACAGAAGACCCUUACAACACCACAGAGAACUUGCAUUGGGAAUGGAGCAAGCUCAACUUUGACUGGAACCCCGGCCAGUUUGUUUUUAAAGGAGAUUUGAAUGUCAAUGUCAGGACAGCUUCAAAGUAUGAUGACAUCUGCUUCCUCCACCUUCCCAAUUUGUGUAUGACUCUCGACCUGCAGUGGCUCUGCCAUGGCAACCCUCACGAUCACCACGCAGUCACACUUUGCUCGACAGAGAACGUUGCGAGUGUGACCUCGGGACAGCCUCAUGACUCUUACAGGGCAUUUCGCUCGGAGAAUCUCAACUUGUCUAUCACAAUGGACCUUGACCAGCACUGUGGCUCUGAAUCAUCCCAGCCGAGAAUCUUGCUGUACAGUAGCACUCUGCGCUGGAUGCAGAACUUCUGGGCCACCUGGACCGGUGUGUCUCGGCCCAUAUGCAGAGGAAAGCUCUUUCAUAGCCUCAAACCCGUGCGAAGGAAGCUGGGUCAGCAUUACAAGCAGAUGUCCUACACAGCUGCCUUCCCACAAUUACAAGUUCACUACUGGGCAUCCUUUGCCCAGCAAAGAGGUAUUCAAGUGGAGUGUAAAAAGGGCCACGUCUUCACUCGAGGGGCUCAAAGACUAAUUCCGCAGGCUGGCACUGUCAUGAGACGGCUGAUCUCGGAAUGGAAUGUGACUCAGAUGGUGAGUGAGUUGUCGCAGGUGACUGUGCACCUGAUGGCUUCCACAUGGGACGAGACGGCUGACCACCAGAUUAACGCUCAGGUGAACAAGACCCACCUGCUCAGCCUGUCCUCCCUGAGCUACCAGCGACAGAGCAACCGUGUGGAAGAGGAAGUGAACCCAAAGGAUGAGACCAACGCUACGUACACUCACAAGCUGCGCCUUGUGGACCUGCGCGCCUCCUGGACCACCACCAAUAGGAACAUAGCAUUUGGGCUGUAUGACGGUUACAAAAAGGCCUCAGUCCUGAAGAGAAACCUCUCCACGGAAGCACUGAAGGGCCUGCGAAUUGACACGCAGCUGCAGGCCAAGAAGCUGAAGCGCUCACCUUCAAACUAUUCACCCACCACUGCGCCCACCACACCUGUUGUGUCCACACUAAGUCGAGCUGAGAAAAGUCCACAUGAGGGAACAUCCAUGCUCCAGAAGCUUAUUGAAGAAACUGACAAGUUUGUGGUGUUUUCCGAAGAGGACUCGGGUGUCAGUGACCAGCUGUGCGGCAUCGCAGCCUGUCAGACUGAUGACGUCUACAACCGAAACUGGUUUAUUGAGUUGGUCAACUGCCAGAUGAUGCUGCGUGGGACAGAGACAGCCGGCUGCGUGCUGGUGUCUGCGGCCAAGGCCCAAUUGCUGCAGUGUGAGCACCAUCCGGCCUGGUACAAUGACACCUUGAAGCAGAAGACCACCUGGACCUGCCUGCUGGAUGGCAUGCAGUACUUUGCCACCAUGGAGCCCAACCCAUCGGAGCAGGAGGACUGGCAGCUGUGGUUGGAGGUAAAAAACAUUGAGGAGCACCGGCAGCGGAAUCUUGACUCGGUGCUGGAGCUGAUGGAGAGUGGCCAGGCCGUGGGUGGAAUGGUGAGCACCACUACAGACUGGAACCAGCCGGCGCAGGUGAACGAGGCCCAGCAGGUCCAGCGCAUCAUCUCCCGCUGCAGCUGCCGAAUGCACUACAUCAGUUACAGUCACGACAUCAACCCGGAGCUCGCCACACAGAUUAAACCACCUGAGCUGAGAAACCACCAUGAGAAGGAAGACCUGUUGAAGAAGCAGGCUGGGGCUGUGGACACAUUCACCCUCAUUCAUCACGACCUGGAAAUAUCCACCAACCCCAUUCAAUAUGCCAUGAUUCUGGACAUCGUGAACAACCUAUUGCUCCACGUGGAGCCAAGACGCAAGGAGCACAGUGAGAAGAAGCAGCGUGUGCGCUUCCAGUUGGAGAUCUCUAGUAACCCCGAGGAGCAGCGAAGCAGCAUCUUGCAUCUCCAGGAGGCGGUUAGGCAGCACCUGGCCCAGAUAAGACGCCUGGAAAAGCAGAUUUACUCCAACAUUAGGGCACAACCCGAGGAGCUGAGUACUGACGAGCUGAACGAGAUCAAUACGCAACUGCAAAACCAACUCAACCAGGAGAAAAAUGAUAUGCAGAUGAAGAGCGAGGAGCUUAACAUCCUCAUCAGGUGUUUUAAGGACUUCCAACUGCAGAGGGCCAACAAGCUAGAGUUGCGCAAGCCGCCGGAAGACGUGAGCGUGGCGAGGAGGACUGAGAUCUAUUUUGCUCAGGCACGCUGGUGUCUGACUGAAGAGGAUGGCCAGUUGGGAAUCGCUGAACUGGAGCUGCAGAGGUUCAUGUACAGUAAGCUCAACAAGUCUGACGACACAGCAGAGCAUCUGCUGGAGUUGGGAUGGUUCACCAUGAACAACCUGCUGCCCAAUGCAGCCUACAAGGUGGUGCUUCGCCCUCAGAGCCCCUGUCAGUCAGGACGUCAGUUUGCCUUGCGCAUUUUUAGCAAGGUGCGCCCCCCGGUGGGCGGAAUCUCUGUCAAGGAGCACUUUGAGGUAAAUGUGGUGCCUCUCACCAUCCAGCUCAUGUACCACUUCUUCAAGAGGAUGAUGGGAUUCUUCUUCCCCGGGAGGAAUGUUGAAGAAGAGGAGGUAGCAGACGAAGAGGACAAGUUCCGACUGGUUACCACAGGCAUCCCCGUGAAGACUCGUCAGUCUUCCGAGGACACCAUGGGUGCGAUGGGCCCCAGUAAAGGCGUUGCCCAAGGAAUGAACCGCAGCACCGGCGUCAGGAGGUCGUUCAGGAAACCUCUUGAGCAUCCUGUUGAUGACAUUGACAAGAUGAAGGAACGAGCGGCCAUGAACAACUCCUUCAUUUACAUCAAGAUUCCUCAAGUCCCGCUCUGUGUUAGCUAUAAGGGAGAAAAAAGCAGCGUGGACUGGAAGGACCUCAACCUGGUGUUGCCAUGCUUGGAGUACCACAACAACACCUGGACGUGGUUGGACUUCGCCAUGGCUGUGAAGCGAGACAGCCGCAAGGCUCUGGUUGCACAAAUGAUCAAGGAGAAGCUGCGCCUGAAGCCGGCCGCCGGUGGCACUGACCCACGUGGCAAGACGAUGGACGGCAAGGCCGACUCGGGCCUGCAGCAGCAGGAAGAGGACGAAAAGGCUCGGCUGCUCAUUGGACUCAGCGCCGCCGACAAGAGUUCUGGCAAAAAGAGCAUCUUCAGCCGACGCAAGUGAGUUGGAGGGCCACACCAAUUUUCAAAGGCAUUGUUUUGUGUCGUCGUAUUAUGUGAUCCUGCUGAUAUUCACAUUGCAAAAAGCAAAGCCCUCGGGUGCCUGUUGAUUAUAAAUAUGACCAAACGCUAACUAAGCAUCGUCACUGCAUUUCAGCCAAUUAGCACAAUUGCUUGUUAACACAUUCUGAGCACUUCCUGCUGGUUCAGGAACACGUGUGAGAACCUCGCCUAUGUCGUCUGCUGUAAGAGUUGAUAAAGAAAUAUGUGACAGUUUAUUAUAAAUGGAUGCCUCUCUAUAAAUUAGGACAGUGUUUCCCCUACCUUUGAGUUAUUUUACAAAAAGACAAAUCUUUGGCACACCACCAAGCAAAAAUGUCCCAAAAAAUGCGUACAAUUUUGAGAACGUUUUAUCAUCAAAGGCAGUUAUGUGUUCGUUUGUUUGACAUACAGCUAACGACUGAUAGCUCCGACUCUCAGCUGGGAUCAGCUCCAUCUUACUCAUGACCCUAAUAAUAAUCACGAUAGAAAGUAGACGGACAGAAAAAUAAGGCAGAAAUUAUGUAAUGAAUACAUUCUAUUCACAGGUUUCCCUUUUUGAAUUGAACUAUUCAAAUAAAGUUUUCUACAUACCACUAUUCAUGAGAAUAGAGGUCAAGUCUUGCUACAAAAAUUUAUACCCAGUCACAAAUGAUUGUUUUUCCCUAUUGAUGCCACAAAAUAGUAGUCAAGCAAAUAUGUUUAUAUUGGACAUGGUAACUUUAGCCCACACUGCCCACAAAAAAAAAAAAAAAAUUCUGAGAAUAAUAAAGGAUUCCCUGAAAAGAAAAGUAUAGUACGACCACUAUGUGGGGGUUUCAGUGUAUUCUGAUUUAUUGAGAUGCAGACGGCUUUUUUACUUUCUUUUAUAUAAUAAAGUAAUUUGGAUAAAGUA